AUACACUAGAGAUCCGAACUGAGAGUCUACACAACAAGAAAAAUAGUUUUAACGAUGAGUUACCACUGAAUUAUCUCUGAAUACGUUUAUCCGAUCAGUCACUCGAAUGCUCAGAAGAACCUGAGUAGUUGCCAGUGUCUUUUAAUCGUUUCAUCAGCAUGUGGUAGAAGGAUGAAAAAGCUGUAGUGAGGGUUGCCUCACCACUGUCCGACAUAAAGGAUGACUUUAGGUGGUCUGGUGACUGUUUUAAGCACCUCCAGAGAAUGCCUGUCUGCACACGAUGGAAUACAAAUAUUGCUGCAAAGUGGCUUCGUGUACCAGGACAACAUCAACACUUUCAUCAGUGAGAGCUUUCUAACAGUGAAAGGUGCCGCCCUUUUUCUUCCACGUGGGAAUGGCUCCUCUUCCUCUUCCUGCUCCUCCAGAAUUACAGCACAGCGCAGCAAACAUGCAGGGGACCUUCAGCAGCACCUGCAGACCAUGUUCACUUUACUGCGGCCAGAGGACAACAUCCGUCUGGCUGUGCGGUUGGAGAGCACCUUCCCCCAGUGCACCCGCUACAUGGUGGUGGUCUCCACUAAUGGUAGACAGGACACAGAAGAGAGCGUGGUGCUGGGCAUGGACUUCAGCCCCUCUGACAGUUCCUGUUCCAUAGGCAUGGUGCUUCCUCUGUGGAGUGACGCACGGAUCCACCUGGAUGGUGACGGGGGUUUCAGUGUGUCUACAGAUAACAGGAUACACAUAUUCAAGCCAGUCUCAGUCCAAGCCAUGUGGUCAGCCCUGCAGUCUCUUCAUAAGGCCUGUGAAGUGGCCCGCUGUCAUAACUACUUCCCAGGCAGCCUCUUCCUGACCUGGGUGAGUUACUACCAGAGCCGGGUGUCCUCAGAUCAGGUCUGCAUCAAUGAAUGGAACGCCAUGAAGGACGUGCAGUCCCACCGCGCAGACUCGCCCGUGCUCUUCUCUGAUGUGCCAACUGAGCGAGAAAGAACAGAACGACUCAUCAAGAAUCGUUUGAGAGAGAUCAUGAUGCAGAAGGACCUUGAGAAUGUCACCUCAAAAGAUAUCCGCACGGAGCUGGAGAUGCAGAUGGUGUGUAACCUACGGGAGUUUAAGGAGUACAUUGAUAAUGAGAUGAUCGUCAUCUUGGGACAGAUGGACAGGCCCACAGAGAUUUUUGAGCAUGUUUACCUGGGUUCUGAAUGGAAUGCAUCUAAUCUGGAAGAACUACAAAACAGCGGGGUGCAAUACAUCCUUAAUGUCACGCGGGAGAUCGACAACUUCUUUCCAGGGCUAUUUGAGUACCACAAUAUCCGGGUUUAUGACGAAGAGGCCACAGACUUGCUGGCUUACUGGAAUGACACUUACAAGUUCAUUUCUAGAGCCAAGAAAGCAGGGGCAAAGUGCCUGGUGCAUUGCAAGAUGGGCGUCAGUCGCUCGGCCUCCACUGUGAUCGCAUAUGCCAUGAAGGAGUACGGCUGGGACCUGGAGCAGGCCUUUGAGUAUGUUAAAGAGCGGAGGGCCGUCACCAAACCCAACCCAUCGUUCAUGAGACAGCUGGAAGAGUAUCAGGGAAUACUGAUGGCCAGCAAACAGAGACACAAUAAGUUGUGGCGUUCCCAUUCAGAUAGUGAUCUGUCUGAGCACCACGAGCCGCUCUGUAAGGCCACUGCUGCACAGUCUCUCGGACGCUCCAAUUCCCGCAACCAGACCUUCGGCCAGACGUCACCUUCAAUACACGAGCUACUGCAGACUCUCACACCCAUCUCAGCCAAUUCUACUGGAGUUAAGGAGCAGGCGGAGCCUGAUACAACACCCUGGCCAGAUACUCACAUUUACAAUGGCCUGGGAAACCUUGACGACAACCUCCAUAAACCCACAGAGACCCCCUCCAUCCCCAGAUCCAGGGCUGCCACUGUGGUCCCGGAGGCUAGAUCUGAUGUCACCUCUGUGACCGUUGCUGAGGCGGUCUCGCUGGGUCGUCCUUAUCCGCCCGCAGCUGUACAUCACCCACCCUCGUCCCCCAGGCUUCUCUCAGAUGCAAAGGCCAAUCAAGUACUGCCUGAGCAGCUUGAGGUGUCCAACCUUGUGCCUUUGGAGAAGUCUAGUCCAAAGGUGCUCUCAUCUGUGAACGUUAGGAGUAGGACUCCUGAGCCAUGCACACAGGCCCCAGACUCUUCAGGGCUGCAGGAUCUCAGCCAGCAAGUGCCUAACACGGAGACGGACUGUGCGGGGUUAAGUCACAGCAGUGAUGAAGACCACCACCCCAGUGCCACAUUACACAGAGCUGAGCUCUCUACCACCCCUCCCUCGACUCUAAGCACAGACCGCAUUGACUUCUUCAGUGCCAGAGAGAAGUUCCAGGGCCUUUCUCAGGAGGGUCAGAUCCGUGGGACUUCUGAGCAGGCGUUGCAGCAGGCACCUCGGGACAAAAGUCCAAGUGUAGAGACCAAACGGCUACUUCCUGACAACCCUAUCAAAGAGGAGGAACAGAAAAAGGAGAGCUGCAGUGUCUCAGUCCAUAACAUAGUUUCAGAAAUGGAAUCCAUACAGCACAGUGUAACCCCUCCCCCCCUUCCUACCAGCCAACCUGUUUCCUGUAGCAGCAGUGAGGAAGAGGAGUUCACUCCAGCCACAUCAGCAGAAGCUGAAACUGAGAAGGUGGAGCAUGGGAAAGAUUGGCCAAAGGGCACCGUGCGCCGAGCCACCAGGGAGCUUGAGCAGAAGAUCAAGCAGGUGGUCUCGUCAGUGGCACCGGUGUCCUCGGCCCCCGCAUGUCCCUCGCUACGCUCCCCUGUCAACACCAGCAGCAGAGAGAAAACUGAGGAGACCUCAUCCCACACGCACCUCACACCUGAUCCAAGCACUGUGUCAACACACCAUCACCAGCCUCAGAACAACACGGACAAGAUGGAGAAAGAUGAGAGUCUUUCGGCUGAAGAGGACAGAACAGGGAGUGAAAGCGAGAGACGACUCAGGGAGGGAGAGCACAGGAACACAGCCCUCACGCACUCAAGUCAAAGCCAUUCCAAUUCAUCUAGCUCAUCUCCAGUCGUGGUUCUCCAGCUUGAAGGAAUGACCGAGCAGGAGAGUUACACUGACUCUGACUGUCCCCUGGGACUCUGUCCAAAGGACAUGAGAGAAACCUGGGAGACCCUGAAAGAGCUUGGGGCGUUCCUCUGGCAGGUGAGUGGCUGCUCCGACAGGUCCCUCCCGUGGUCAAGGAGGGAGCAAAGAAAGGGCUGGGCUAUGCGAGAGAGGACCAAAGAGGUGGAGGCUCGGAUCCGGCAGGCUGGACUGACCCCACCCUCAAUGAUGAAGCGCUCGGCCUCGUUGGCCAAGCUUGGGUCGUUGGAGCUCUCGCCCGUUGACCUGAGCGAGCUUGAUUUGCGUCGUCCCGCCUUACUCCCUGCUCCCACCAAUAAGCCACGGCCCCACUCGUACAGUGACGAUACCUCAAAAAAGAAGCGUGUUUUACCUCUUUGCACUCCUGCUCUCCCUUCCUCUUCUGCCUCUCCUGUUUCGUCCACUGGAUCUCAUACACUCGGACACGCAGAGAAUAAUGAUCAGACUGAAGAGGCGGAAUAUAGUGACUCUGAUGUCAUUCCCAUGCCACUGCCACUCUCCCCACCCUCCAAUCAAUAUUGGAGGGAGGAUAAUAAACAGGAGGAGGCAGGUUACGCCCCGUUAACUGCUCCUGCCUCAAUACCCGUGGCAACACGCCAACAAUAUGGGAGGACACAUCCCCUGCGGAGGCUGAAGAAACGAACUGUUAACCCUUAUCACACUAUGUGACUUUUAUUCUGUAUGUGUGAGUGUAUGUGUUUGUGCCUGCAAGUGUGAAUUUGUGAUUUAAAGGGAUAGUUCAUCCAAAAAUGAUAAUUCUGUCAACAUUUAUUCACCCUUAUGUCAGUCCAAACCUGUAUAACUUUCUUCUGUGGAACCCAAAAGAAGAUAUUUUUAAAAAUGUCUCAUUGUUCCGCAUAAGAAACAAAGUCGUACAGUUUUGGAUCGACAUGAGGAUGAGUAAAUGAUGACAGAAUUUUCAUUUUUGGCUGAACUAUCUGUUUAACUUGCCACGCAUACCUCAGUGGGCCUUAUCCAACCGGAAAUCAAACAAUGUGGACAUUUUAUAGCACAAUGUGAUUUGAAUGUUUUUGGUGGGAUUGAUGGCUCAUAAAAUAGGAACUGUGUAAUCCUGACCCAUCAUUUGAGUAGAAAAAAAUUGCUGCUCUGGAGGAACAAUGAAGUGCUAUGACUGAUAUACUUUUUGCACAGUGUCUAUCAGGUUGUUCUUUGCAUACUAUGGUAGUACAUUACCACUUCAUCCUUUACCUGUCAGUCUAUGAACGAAACCCACAAUGUUCUCUGCUGAAUUGGAUUCUGGAGGUGUGUGUGCAUGUAUGUGCGUGUGUGUGUGUGUGUUGGGGGUUGAAGGAGAGCCAUAGAUGAGUGUUUUUAAAUACAUUCAGAAAAGAAUGAGAUGUAAUUGUGAGUGUAAAAUUAUUACAGAUGUGAGAUUAAUAUGUGUAUGCAUGUUGGAUUAAUGAGAAUGGGAUCAGUUCUGUGGUACUCGUAGAAUGUAGAGUUUAUGGGCCUCAUUGUGCGUAUGUAUAUUUUGUGGAUGUGUAUGAUAUGUAUACUUAAACAUGGGUGUGUGUGUAUUUUCUGUCUGUUUUUGGUGCAGUUUCUUUCUUCAGCAUUUUCUGUUUUAUUAAAGGGACAACAAAAAAGAAACAUGGGGUAUUUUAAUAUGCACUUUUUAUUAUUGUUUUACGUUUUUUUAAACUGUGGUUUGUAUUCUGGAAGCAUGCUCACAGAGUAUGUAUUUAGAGUUGCUUUUAAGGGUGUUUGUUGUACAGUGCAGAAAAGAAAAAGAAAACUGAAAUGUCUUUCUGUUUGUUGUAAGACUGGAAAAAUAUUUUCUCUUUUUAUUGUGCUUAAACUGUGACAAUUAAAGAAAAUUUCAAAUUCACAAA